AUGACGGCGAAAGCGGCUUCGUCGCGGGACCCGCCUGAGCCGAGAGGCGAGAAAGGCGCGAAAGGCGAGAAGGUUGGGAAGAAGGGGGGAAAGACGUCUCUAUACGACUUGCUGGGCGUGCAACCGACUGCGACCCAAAGCGACAUCACCAAGGCCUACCGAAAUCUCGCGCUCCUUCUUCAUCCCGACAAAGUUGUGCAUCGCCUGGAGCAGCAGGAAAAAGGCAAAAAGACGGAAAGCAGUCUCGAAAAGUUGACAGCCGAGGCGACGCAACACUUCCAGGAACUCCAGGCAGCCUACGAGGUGCUCAAAGACCCGAAAAAGCGCAAGAGAUACGACGAGACAGGAAGCACAGGCGACGCACCGGAAUCCUUUGAAGAAGCGUAUGAGUAUUACCGCCGCGUUUUCCCCGAAUUCAAUGUCUCCGACAUCGACAGUUACCGCGACGUGUACCUCGACAGCGCAGAAGAAGUCCAGGACAUACUCGACUUCUGCCUAAGGUUCCAAGGAGAUCUCACUCAUUUUUUCGAAUACAUUCCUUUCAGCGACAAAGAACACCUCCCUCGGUAUCUGCGCAUUCUCGACAAUCUCGUCGAAACCAAGAAGGUGAAGAAGAACAAGAAAUUCGUUGACACUCUCAAGCACAUGGAGGCGCAAGCAGAGAAGCACGCAGUGCUCGUUGAAAAGGAAGGAAAACAACGCGCCAAGAAGACCACAAAGAAGGACGACGGAAUGGAGAGUCUCAUCCUCGCGAUUCAGAGUAAUCGCCAGAAACGCGCCCAGAAUGCCAAAGACCUUUUCGCUCGCCUCGAGGCCAGGUACGGGGACAUGGAGGAAGAGGCGGAAGGCAGCCGGAAGAAGGCUGGUCAGCGAGAGAACAAGAAACGGAGAAAGAACUAG